AUGACCACCGAGGAACGUGCCACCAAACGUACCAAGAUCGACAGCGUCAAGUCCAAAUUCCAGGAGGACCUUUUGGAAUCGUCCAAUGUGGAACGCCUGUCCAAAGCCUUCAAGGAGUCCAAGCCAUAUUUGCACUGCAAGAUUGAUAAGCUUGUCACCGACGACUUGCUGAGAAAAGUGCGCAAAGAGAUCUUUGACAAUCUUCACUUCACUGUCAAGGAAACUGAUAUCUACAAGGUUCAUCAAACGGGCGACUUGGCCAACUUGGAUGGUCUACCGUCCCACGAGCUUGCGCAACUGUCGAGUCUCUUUGAGUUGCGCAACGCCAUCUAUUCUGAAGAGUUCCGCAACUUUAUCUCGAGUGUCAUGGGCUGUGGUCCGUUGUCAGGCUCAAAGAUGGAUAUGAGCAUUAAUAACUACAAGGAAGGAUGCCAUUUAUUGAACCAUGACGAUGUGAUUGGUAGCCGUCGUGUGUCGUAUAUCUUGUACUUGACCGAUCCCGAUAAAGCCUGGAACCCUAAAUUUGGAGGCGCUCUCGAACUGUAUCCUGUGAUUGAAAAGGGCAUUCCCGCCACUGAGCCCACAGUGGUCAUUCCUCCUCAAUGGAACCAGUUUGUUAUGUUCACCGUUCAGCCUGGUCACUCGUUCCAUUCCGUCGAAGAAGUGGUACCAGAAGGAGAACCUCGUCUCAGCAUUUCUGGAUGGUUCCAUCGCCCUCAAGUGGGUGAGCCCGGUUACUCUGAAAAGAAGGAUGCAGUGGAUGAAGCGAAAUCAUCUCUUGAGCAGCUCCAGGAAGAGUCCGAUUCACAUGCUAAAUUCGCAGAAUACAGUACCACUUUAGACGAUGAUGCUACGGAGGGUUUGACCGAGUCGGAUUUGCUCGCUCUCGCUGAAUGGAUGAAUCCUCACUAUUUGGAUAUGACGAUCAUGAGCCAAAUGUCCGAUCGAUUCUUGGACGAAUCGGCAGUGCAAUGCAAAGAAAUCAUCAAUAAGGAUUUGUUUGCCAAAUUGCAGGCCGCGACCACUGAAGCUGAUAAGCGGGAUCAUUUCACAACACAGACAAUGGCAACGCACGGUACAGGCGUCGGUGGACAAUGGACGGCUCACGGACCUCCUCAUCGAUGCCGGUAUUUGACAGUGGAUGCAUCCAAGGACAAUGGCGACGAAACCAGUUCAUUAUUUUUGGAUCUUCAAAAGAAGUUCGAGAGCGAAUCGUUCCGACGCUGGUUAGCUGUAGUUACCCAGUGUAUCCCUAACGGUUAUCGUGGCGAAGCUCGCCGGUUCCGACCGGGCCACGAUUACACUUUAGCGACCACUAAUACCCGUGGCCAAGGCGUUUUGGACGUGACCCUUUGUAUUGCCAAUACACCCGACAAAAUUAGCGCUAGUCAUUGGGAAAGUGGCGAAUAUGGUGGCUACGAAUGCUAUAUGGCGCCUCACAAUGAAGAAGAAGACGCUGCCGUGUACAGAGCAGCGGAUGAUGAUGGUGCUUUACUGACAUUGGCAGCCGGGUGCAACGAAUUAUCGAUCGUCCUUCGUGACGAAGGUGUCAUGCGGUUCAUCAAAUAUGUAAGCGCUCGCGCACCAGGCUCACGUUGGGACGUAUCUUACGAGUAUGAUUUACCGGAAGAAGAUGAGGAAGACAAUGAUGAUGAAGAAGAAGAAGAAGAUAAAGACAACAAAUGA